AUGGACAUCGACCCUGUCAGACGCAACAAGAAGCCUCGUCUCCUCUUGGAGACGGAGCGCGAAAAGCUUGAUGAAUUUGUGGACUCUAUCCAUUACUCGGCAAGAUACAAUGACGACAAGUUCGAAUACCGUCAUGUGCAGCUCCCCAAGAACAUGCUGAAGAAAAUCCCCGCGGAAUACUUUGAUAGUGCCAAAGGCACUCUGAAAUUGCUUUGGGAGGAAGAAUGGCGCGCCCUGGGCAUUACACAGAGCUUGGGAUGGGAGCAUUAUGAGGUGCACGAGCCGGAACCUCACAUUCUACUGUUCAAGUUGGCGCCCUCUUAA